AUGAAUCUGUUUGAACCUAUCAUUGAUACAAAAAUUGUCCCUGAAAAAACAUUGAAGAAGCCUUUGGCCACCACUUCCACAGCCAAUCACUCUGCGAAGUCAAAGAUAUCAAUCUCUACACCAAACAUUGAGAAAACGAACCAAGAUCAACCUGCCGAAGAACUGGAUCUCAUUCAGUUUUUUGAUACCAAGAUAUUUGAAAUGGGAAAUCUUGUCUUUGGGCAAGACAUUUCAGUAAUCAGAAUGGAUGAACCACAUUCUUCCUCCAACAAGAAAACCGGUGUGGAUGUGUUCCAAGAGGAGGCGGCAAAGGGAACAGAGAGGUCUGCACUGAAAACUUUGGAGGAACGCUUGGCUCAUCUGGAAAGUUCCAUCAAGAACAUCAAGAGAAAGGCUAGUAACAGUCCUUUUCAAGAAGUCCAACAAUCACAAUCAAACGGUAGCUCGGUUUUCAUACACAAACUUAAAAACAUCAAUUGGCUGACUCACACCCUCUUUUCAGCUGAAGUAAUUUCUCAACAUACGGGCCUUCUUGAACAAGCCAAGAGAGAAAUAAGCAUACUUGAAGGUAAAGUUGAAUCACUGGAGGCGACCUACAGGACAACUUGGAUAUUCCUCACACCAAGAUAG